UCACCAACUUGCCUCGUCCAUGGAAAUCCACUACCCCGACGACCUCCGGCCGCGCCGCCGGUUCACGUUCGAAGUCGACCAAGAGCCCAAGCGAGGCCCGUCGUGGGUGUACCCGGGUCUUGGCAACGCGACCGGUCGCCUUCACCCGGCGCCAGAAGAGCUCGCCGCCAUCCACCAAGAGAUGCACGCGCCCAAGCACUUUCUCUCCGAGUGGUACUCGACGGGCAUCAGCGGCAACGACGUGCUCUCGAGCUGCCUCUACUCGUCCGGCAUUGUCGCCUCCAAGGCCGGCAAGUUUGCGCCCUUUGCCAACCUCCUCGUCGCCUGCGUCAUGUACCUCUUCCGCUUCAUUUACGUCGAGGUCGUCUCGGCCAUCCCGCUCAACGGCGGCUCGUACAACACCAUGCUCAACUCGACCUCGAAACGCGUCGCCGCGCUCACGUCGGCGCUCGCCAUCAUUGCGUACCUCGCCACCGGUGUCGUCUCGGCCGUCUCGGCGUCCGACUACCUCCGCAAGCAGAUCGAGGACCUCAACCACAUUCACUGCGCGACCGGCAUUCUCGGAACGUUUGCCAUUCUCAACGUCCUCGGCAUGUCCGAGUCGGCCAAGGUCGCGCUCACGAUUUUCGUUGCGCACACGAUCACGCUCGCGGUCCUCGUCGUCGCAUCGAUUGUCUACGCGUUCCAGAACCAGAGCAUUUUCUGGGCCAAUCUCGAGACGGACUUUCCGUCCGUGGACGUUGCCGGUGCGACGAUGCUUGGCACGCCGUUCACGGCGCUUUUCUUUGGCUUUUCGUCGGCGAUGCUCGGCGUCACGGGGUUCGAAACCGCGGCCAACUUUGUCGAAGAGCAGCAACCCGGCGUCUUUCAGCUCGUGAUCCGCAACAUGUGGUAUCUCUCCACCUUCUUCAACCUCGCGCUCUCGGUCCUCAACCUCUGUGUACUGCCGCUGUACGGCAUCAACGGCACGAUCGCCAACUCGGACAUUGUGCUCGCGUCCAUGGCCCGCACGACGAUUGGCCGCUGGUUUGAGAUUUGGCUCAGCGUCGACGGCUUCAUCGUCCUCUCCGGCUCGGUGCUGACGUCGUACGUUGGUAUCACGGGUCUUGUCCGGCGUCUCGCGUCCGACCGUGUUCUUCCAGAGUUCUUCCUCGCCGAAAAUUCGUGGCGCCACACCAACCACUACAUCAUUCUCUCGUACUUCGUCAUUGCGACGAGCCUUGUCUGGAUCCUCGAGGGCAACGUGACCAUGCUCUCAAGCAUCUACUCGUACUCGUUUCUCGGGCUCCUUGUGCUCUUCUCUGUCGGCGCCAUGCUCUUCAAGCUCAAGCGCGGCGACAUGCCUCGCGAGACCAACACUCCUUGGUGGAAGUGUCUCGUGGGCUUUGCGAUGGGUCUUGUCGGCUUCUUUGGCAUCAUGCUCGGCGACCCCCGCGUCUCGAUCGUAUUUUUGCUCUAUUUCUUCUCGGUCGCCGGGCUCAUCCUGCUCAUGCUCGAGCGCAUCUUUGUGCUCCGCGCGUGCAUGCUCGUCAUGAAGAGCCUGUGCCCGUCGCAGUGGACGACCACGGAGCGCGUGGUGAUGCCGCCGUUGCUGCCGACGACGACGGACGCGUCGACGCCCAACAACUUUCUUGGCAAGCGCACGAUCGUGCGUGCGAUCAAGACCAUCAACGAGCCGCCCAUCAUCUUCUUUUGCAAGCACCUCUCGCUCACGAUCCUCAACAAGGCUAUUCUGUACGUGCGCCGGAACGAGCACACGGACAACCUUCGCAUCGUGCACGUGUACGCCAAGGGCACCAAGCCGCCGUCGGACUUUGAAGACAUUGUCGGUGUCUUUGACUGCAUGUACCCCAAGCUGCGCAUUGACGCGAUCGCGGUCGAAGGCACGUUUGACCCGAUUCUCGUACAGUGGAUUUCCGAAAACCAGCGCAUUCCGACCAACAUGAUGUUCAUUCGCCAGCCCGACAACGUUGACGCGCACAAGGUGUCGAUGCUCGGCGUCCGCGUCAUCACGGGCUAAACGUUGUCAUAUGACGUCACCGCCGUCUUAGAGACGUUUGUAGCUUUUACUCCGUUUUUAUAUAUGCUUGUGGACGAUA